CUUCUCUAUCCAUUACCUAUUUACAGCUAAAAAAAAAAAUCAUAGUUGAGAUAUGGGUGUGAUUGUUUUUGAGUAAUGAAUUUUCAAAUCCUACUAUAUAUGAGCUUGAACUGAAAUGGGUUUGUAAUAUGGAAGGAUUGAACUAAAUCAAUAUCACUAGAAUAAUCAAUCAUGAGAAAAGAUAGAUGGGUUUUUGCAGUUAUAAGGAAUUCAUGAACAAGAAGAAGAGUAAAGUAGUAGUAGUUGUUGUAGUAGUUCCAUGAAAGCCUUCUCAAUUUCAUCAUCAUCAUUCCUUGCAUUGGUAUAUGCUAGAGGUUGUGGUUCUUGCUCUUCUUCUUGUAAGAUUGUGGCCGGCAAGAGCAAAAGGCCCCAAUCAUCUUCUGAUAAGGGUUCCGAGGAAGCUCCUCCAAGGAUUACAUCCAAUGUCAAGCAAAAUUUGCAGUUUUUAAAAUUAUGGAAGGAGUUCCAAGAGAGAAAAUCUAGCACACCUAAACCAGCUACUAGUUACCGCAGAAAGAAGGCGGAGAAGGAAGACCUUCCAGAAGAUACAGAGCUCUAUCGCGAUCCUACUCUGACCCUUUACUAUACAAACCAGGGCAUAGAGACCGCCAGUCCUGUCUUGCUUGUUGAUGGUUAUAAUGUAUGUGGCUAUUGGCCGAAGCUGAAGAAACAUUUUAUGAAUGGAAGACUUGACAUUGCUCGCCAAAAGCUUGUUAAUGAAUUGGUAACAUUCAGUCUGCUGAGAGAGGUGAAAGUGGUGGUUGUAUUUGAUGCCAUGAUGUCUGGGCUCCCUACUCACAAGGAAAUAUUUUCGGGUGUUGAUAUAGUAUUCUCGAGUGAAACAUGUGCUGAUGCAUGGAUUGAGAAGGAGGUUGCGGCUUUGAAGGAAGAUGGAUGUCCAAAAGUUUGGGUUGUAACAUCUGAUCGUUGUCAGCAGCACGCGGCACAUGGGGCAAUCAAACCACUAUGAUUUGGUUGGAGACUGAGCGUUUGUCAUAAGAUUGGUUUUGCAGUGGACUCCUCGUGUGAUCUCUGGCUUUUGUUGUUUGCUGUGUGAUUUGUUGGUCGACUCUAAAUUCAAGUUAUUGCUUCAUUUUUUUCUGGAGGUUUUCUGUGAAACUUAAGUUGGACAGUAAGAAUUGAAUCCAGAAGGCUUCUAUGUUAUUUUAACUGAAUCUGCAAAUGUAAUUUUUGGAAAUUUGCUGUGUUUUUUCUUCUAAGCAUGCUUAGAGGAGGACUCUGGCUAAUUACCCUAUGGGUUCAUUCAGUUUGUUCUGCUCAACAUGGCUUUAGGCUUGUGAAAUACAUUUUUAAGGUAGGUCGCUGACCUUGUGCAGUAGUCUCUUCCAUAGUUGCAUAUUCACUUUUUGAUGCACAUUUGUUUUAUAAAGACAAAUUUGGGUUCUUCUGGUCUUUGCCACCUAUGGUGGAACCCCAUUAUUGAAGGUUGUAAAGUUGUUGCAGGAUGGGGAUGCAAUGAGAGGAGACCAGGAAUGAUAUUUUUAUAUUAUUGAUUCUUCUUUGAGCUACUGUGUAAAAAUUAUUGAAUUUUCAGGGAGUUAAAAAUUAUUGAAAUUCAAGGAGUUCCAGUAAUUUUGUUUUUAUAGGGAUAUGAUGGCAUUAUCUUUUCUUCCUGUUCAUCUGCUUUUUUUCAUGUGAUUACUACUUCAUGGACACAAUGAUGCAUAUAUCAGUUGUGCAUGCUAUGUUGGUUGAUAUCUCUAGAUAAUUUAUAUCAGCCGUUGCAUGCCAUCUUGGUUGAUAUCUCAAGAUAAUUUUCCAUCAACUUAUGUCUUAAGGUGAUGUAUGUUGUCAUUUGGCAACUUUUGUUCAUGUCCUUGUUGCUUAGUCUCAAGCCCUGUUUAUUUUGUGGAUUUAGUGAGAGUAAUGAAAGGAUAGGGAAAACGAUUUUCUUCAUGUUCUUCUCUAGCUUGGAUAAAGUUUAACGAAAAAUUUCUCAAUAAUGGUAGGGAAUUAGGAAAAAGUGUAGUAACAAAUAAAAUUAGAAUUUCAUUGCGACCAAGCAAUGGAAAAUGAUUUUGUUUAAACUCUCUUUUCUUUUCCUCACUAAAUUUGUAAUCAAACGGUCUUGUUAGCCUUUUAUUGUUACCAUUUUCUGCCAAGCCAAAGCUACUUAAAUGCUUAUUCAGCCUCAGUGUUUCAUUCAAGCCAUUGCUUUGUUGAAUAUAAUGUCAAAUUCAUGUGCUCAAGUGCGCUCAUUCAUCAGCUUUUCUCCAGGCUGAUGUUCAUUGAAAUUGCUUUGAGUUAGCUAAAUACUAUGAUUUUAUUCUAUUCUAAGUACUUUUGCUCACGGCCAUACAUUCCAUUCCUGCUCCGUUAAGUCUUAACCGUCUGAGCCAUUUCAUAAAAAAGGGAAAACCAAAUUUGUCAUCAGUUUGGAAAUCACAUUUUAAUCAGUUUUGGUGUCAGAUCUCCUAAACAUAAUCACCGCUAAUUUUACUGUGACUCUUACAAAAAUAAUGUCUUGUGGUCACUUGUUCUGUUAUGUUCUUUGGACAAAGAUUUGUUGUGGUAGUAGUUGCGAGAUGACUUGCUAUCUGUGGUUUCCAGGCAGGAUUAGUUGUUAUCUAUGAAUUGAACAGCUAAAAAAAAAUGUGUAUCCGUAUAAGGUGUUCAUACAGUAUAUGAUAUUUAUUCUUCAUACUUGUAUGAAUCACUCUGGUAAAGACCUGAUGGUCGUUUUUAAACUAUUAUGG